AAUCAUAAAUAAAUAAAGGCAAGGAAAGUCAAAUAAAGGAAAUAUCUAAGUAAAGAAUGAGAAUGUUUAUUCCCCGAACUAAUUAAGAAUUAAUCACCAUUGACCACGGAUUAAUUAACUCACUUAUUUAUUUUUAUUUUAUUUUUCUUUUUCUCUCUUUGCUUUUCUCCUCCCCCUGUCACCGUCAUCUCCGCCGUACAGCCACCCUCUCUCCCCCGCCUCUCUCCAGCUGUACUGCGGCCGUUAUUUUAACACGCACAACUGCACCGAUUUCUAUUUAAUUUCUCUCUCUCUCACACACACACACACACGAGCGAACAUUACAAUUGGAGUCGAGAGUUAGAGUAAACUCGACGAUUUUUGGGAACGAAAGGAUUUCGUGUGGUUUCUGAGAGAUCCAAGAUCUGUGGAGGUUUUGCAUUUCCGAUAUUAUUCCAGUGAUAUGCAAUUCUAAUAUUUGGAUGAUUCUGAAUCUCUUCACUUAGUGUCGUUAAGGAUGAAAGGAGGCAUUCAAGGGUUAAAGGUUUCACAGGUCUCCUUCAUCCUAGUCGGAUUAGUUUGUGUGACUGUGCUUAUAUUGGCAUGGACAAAGACCACAUUGCUGACACCUUUCAUCCCGACUCAGGGCCGUUCCUUGCAACUGGAUCUAGAUGAAGCAGGUCCAAAAGAGCUAUUAGAUGGGGAUAGUAACUCAACGCAAACACAGAAGAAGCAAGUUAAUUCACCCGGUUCUUCAGAGACACCGCUUGCAGUCGAUAGAGGAAAUAUUGAAAAUGUGACAACUACCCACAAGGAAGAAACUCCAAGUAGUGUUAUAGAAAGAACAGGAUCAGAUGAAUUUUCUGAAGGAAAAAAUAGAUCAAAACAAACAGAGAUUGUGCCAGAAAGCUCUUCAACUGUAGAAUCACCUAUCAAAAGAGAGCAAAGAGGAAACUUGUCGGAUACUACUGGAAACAAAGAAACUCCUAGUACUGUAGAAAGAUUGGGAUCGCAGGAACUUUCUCGAGGACAAAAUAAAUCUGAAAAAGCAGAGUUUGUGCCAGAGGUCAUAAAAGAGCAAACAAGAAACUUGUCAGCUGCUACUGGAAAUAAAGAUUGUAAUUAUGCCAAAGGUAAAUGGGUAAUUGACGAGAGCCUGCCAUUAUAUUCUGGCUUUGGUUGUAAGCAAUGGUUGUCAUCUAUGUGGGCUUGCCGUCUGACACAGCGCACUGAUUUUGAAUAUGAAAAACUACGUUGGCAGCCCAAAGACUGUAAAAUGGACGCCUUUACAGGCGCCAAUUUCCUGCGGAGAAUGAAAGACAAAACUUUGGCAUUUAUCGGCGAUUCCCUCGGCAGACAGCAGUUCCAAUCUCUCAUGUGCAUGGUGACAGGUGGCGAAGAAAGACACGAUGUACUCGAUGUAGGGUACGAGUAUGGCCUUGUCAAAGCUCGUGGUGCAGUAAGGCCAGAUGGAUGGGCUUACCGUUUCCCUAUUACCAACACCACCAUCCUCUACUACUGGUCUGCAAGUCUCUGUGAUUUAGAACCCAUUGAUCCAUCCAACCCUAAAACCACUGAUUUCGCCAUGCAUCUGGACCGACCCCCAGCAUUUCUACGUACAUUCCUUCCCAGAUUCAAUGUUCUUGUUUUGAACACAGGCCACCAUUGGAAUAGGGGGAAGCUUCAGGCCAAUCGUUGGGUCAUGUAUGUUAACGGUGUUCCUAAUACUAAUCGAAAAAUUGCAGAUAUAUUUGGUGCGAGGAAUUUAACAGUUCAUAGUAUAGCCAAAUGGGUGAAUGAGCAGCUACCGUUAUAUCCAGGUCUUAAAGCGUUUUUACGCACUAUGUCACCUAGGCAUUUUUUCAACGGAGAUUGGAACACUGGCGGCACUUGUGACAACACCACCCCUCUUUCCGGUGGGAAGGAGGUUGUGGAAGAUGAUUCUAGUGACCCUCUUACCGCAGGGGCGGUGAGUGGAACUAGCGUUGAAUUGCUAGAUAUUACGGCUUUGUCUCAGUUGAGAGACGAGGGCCAUAUAUCUCGUUACAGCAUUAAAGCUACACCUGGUAUGCAGGAUUGCUUGCAUUGGUGCUUACCUGGCAUUCCUGAUACAUGGAAUGAAGUUUUAUUCGCACGACUAUAGAGUAAAACUAUGUUCUAUGAAAGAAAAGAGAGCCAUAAAAGCCUUCGAAAUCAGAAAAUGAUGGGAUGUGGUCUAAGCAGAGUUGACAAUUGUCGUCGUACAGUUGGAUCGACCCUUUGGAUAUUUUACUCUUGGGAUGAUCUUUCCUCUGCUUUUUCCUCUAUUUUGAUUUCUUUUUCGCUGUAGUUCUAGGUUUUUUUCUUUUUUUUUUGUGUUUUUCUUUCAUAAUUAUUUCUCUUAACACAAGUUUAGGUCACUUUUUGCUUGUUCUUGAUACAGCAUGUUAUCCCACAGUCAGAUGGGAGAAUACAAGGUAGAAUGUCGAUAAUAUAUAUAUACUGCGAUGAACGCAUCUGCGUGUGUUCUUUGUAUUAUUACAUGUACUGAGAGCCGCUUAUUCCGAAUUCUAUGAUAAUUAGCAAUUUGAGUUGAAGGUUUUCUAUUUCCUGUGAUGCUUCUUGGCAAUGAUCGUCAACGAUGUAGCAUAUUC